AUGGCAGAACAAAUUCGAGUUGUUACUCUCAAUUGCUGGGGCUUGAAAUAUGUCUCUAAAGACCGGCACGAACGAGUUACCGCAAUAGCUAGUGCGCUCGGUCGCUCGGAUUACGAUAUCAUUGCACUCCAAGAAAUCUGGGUCGAGGCAGACUACAAUGAAAUUCGGCAAAGUGUCGUCUCUCGCUUGCCCUACACGAAGCUUUUUCAUAGCGGUGCUCUUGGUGCCGGACUUGCUAUCCUUACAAAAUGGCCCAUCAUUGCUACCAGCAUGACUCCAUACUCUCUUGUUGGCGAACCCGCAGACGCCUUCGGAGGAGACUGGUUUGUAGGCAAGGGCGUUGGGAGCGUAACGAUCAUGCAUCCGGUUCUUGGACCGGUCCAACUUUUGGUCACGCAUUUCUGUGCAAAGGGCGGGGAAUCAGGUCCUGAGUACAACAGAACAUACCGCCUCGUGAAUGCUUGGGAGUUUGCGAAAGUCACACGGCAAGCCGCUGAAUUAGGGCGAUAUGUGAUCGCCAUGGGUGAUUUCAAUAGCAUUCCAACAAGUCUCCCGGUGAAUAUCAUCCUGAACUAUGCCGGACUGGUUGACUCGUGGGCGACUUCACAUGCACACAUACCCCCGCCCUCUGGGAUGAUAUCUCCCAUAGAGGGUGUCGUCAACUAUGGCGUCACUGCUGACUCGCCUCUUAAUUCUUAUCGUGACUCAGAGCCCUCUGGCGACCCAAUUGUUCGCAAAUACCAAGGGAAACGCCUUGAUUAUAUCUUAUUCCGGCAUCCCAGCCCCAACGGGUCCAAUGACCACCUUCCCCGAUUAACCUGCCGAGAUAGUCAGGUUGUCUUCACCGAUUCCAUUCCCGGAAACUCGUGCUCCUAUUCUGAUCACUUUGGUGUCGAGGCGACCCUAGUCAUUAACAUGCAGGCGGAGGGUAAACAAGAUGAUAUGGCGUCGUUGAAGGAUACCUCAGCAGUGUGGUUCAACUCCCCCUCUGAACUCUCCUCGAAUGUCGUCACCGAGGUGACGAGCGCCUUCAACACAUCCUACAGGAUGUCGCAAGAUCGUUCUCGCAAGGAAUUGACUAUCUUUGCAACGAGCAUCUUGGCGCUGAUUGGUCUCAUUAUUGGAUCCGCAUGGGUUGUUGUUCCCUGGCUCAACCCAGUCUUUGUGCUUCUUGUCAUUUACUUAUCGUGGCUGGCUACGACAAACCUUUACGAAGGUUUCAUAUUCGGAAACUGGGAGAGGAAAGCUUUACAGAAUGUUAUAGAAGAGCUUGAGCUUUACAAGCAGAUCCUGGUAUCACAAGCACCACACGACUGGUAG